GUUUAAACGAUGCUCCAUUUCACUGCUCUCAUAACCUAUGUGAAAACUUUCUUCUUCUUCUUCACAGCUUCGAAUCUCCUCUCCUCUGCGUCUCAGUUCUCAGUCCUGCGACUGUGUAAGCUAAAGAAGGAAGGGUUUUCAAAAGAGGAUGAACCCAGGAAAAGGAGAGAAGCUUAGUAAUCAUAAUCGUAACAAUCAUCAAGAGCUUCCUUACCGUGUCAUUCAUAAGCUUCCUCCUGGUGAUAGCCCUUAUGUUAGAGCCAAGCAUGUUCAGCUAGUUCAAAAGGAUCCAGAAGCGGCAAUAGUUUUGUUUUGGAAGGCGAUAAACGCUGGAGAUAAAGUAGAUAGUGCCCUCAAAGACAUGGCAGUAGUUAUGAAACAGCAGGAUCGAGCAGAGGAAGCAAUUGAAGCUAUAAAAUCUUUUAGGCAUUGCUGCUCCAAGCAAGCCCAAGAAUCACUAGACAAUGUUCUCAUUGACUUGUACAAGAAAUGUGGGAGAAUUGAGGAACAGAUAGAACUUUUGAAGCAGAAGCUUCGGAUGAUCUAUGAAGGAGAAACCUUCAAUGGAAAGCUUACUAAAAUGGCUCGCUCUCAUGGGAAGAAAUUCCAGGUUACCAUCAAGCAGGAGACGUCUCGGAUACUGGGAAACUUGGGUUGGGCAUACAUGCAGCAAGGAAGUUAUUCGGCAGCAGAAUUUGUGUACCGGAAGGCUCAAUCGAUCGAUCCUGACGCUAACAAGGCUUGCAACUUGUGUUUGUGCCUUAUCAAGCAGACACGAUAUGCAGAGGCACAUUCAGUCCUUGACGAUGUAUUGCAGGGUAAGCUUUCGCGAUCUGAUGAUCCCAAGUCCAGAAACCGUGCCAAAGAGUUGCUUCAUGAAUUAGAAACGUGCCAAUCAUCACUUGUAUGCUCAAAAUCACCGGGGUUAAGGUUAGAAGAUGCUUUUGUAGAAGGACUUGACCAGUUGAUGAAGCAAUGUGCCCCAUAUAGAUCAAGGAGACUUCCCAUCUUUGAAGAGAUCUCUCCUUAUAGAGAUCAAUUAGCCUGUUGAUCUUACAUUCUAAAUCUAUCUUUCUUGAGGAGACGAUAACUGGGAUUAAGAUGAAGAGUUGAUGUAUAGCAAACGUGCACUUGAAAGGAAGUGUAUAGCGUAUACUUUCCGAGUGUUUUUGCAAUGGAACAACACCUAAAUGAGUAGCGAAGUUGUCACAGAAA